CCGCGUGGCCCCGCCGGGCCGGAAGCGCGGUGCCAAGAUGGCGGCGCUUCUGGCGACGCUCUGCCGGAGAGCCUGCGGCCUCCGCGCCGUCCGCUUGCACCUCGCCGCUUCCGCCGCCCUGCCGCCGCUCCGUCGCCCCCGCUCCGAGCCAGCGGGAUUCCUGCGGCCGCUCAGCUUUUCGGCGGCUGAGCUGGUACGCGCCGCGCCAGGCGCGCUGCAGCCGUACCUGCGGCUCAUGCGACUGCACCAGCCUGCCGGGACAUGGCUGCUCUACCUACCGUGCACCUGGAGCAUCGGCCUGGCGGCCGAGCCAGGCUGCCUUCCGGACUGGCACAUGCUAUCCCUCUUCGGCGUCGGGGCGGUGCUCAUGCGUGGAGCCGGCUGCACGAUCAAUGACAUGUGGGAUCGCGACUAUGACAAGAAGGUUGUGAGAACAGCAAGUAGGCCCCUAGCAGCUGGAGAUAUUUCCACUUUUCAGUCCUUUGUGUUUCUUGGGGGACAGCUUAGCUUGGCGCUCUGCGUGCUUCUGUGUCUGAAUUACUACAGUAUUGUUCUGGGAGCAGCCUCUUUAUCUCUUGUGAUCACCUACCCUCUGAUGAAGAGAAUAACAUAUUGGCCACAGUUAGUUUUGGGACUUACAUUUAAUUGGGGAGCCCUUCUUGGCUGGUCUGCCAUCAAAGGGUCUUGUGAGUGGUCAGUGUGCUUGCCCUUGUACUUAGCCGGAGUUAUGUGGACACUGGUGUAUGAUACCAUUUAUGCACAUCAGGAUAAGAGGGACGACAUAAUUAUUGGUGUGAAGUCAACGGCAUUACACUUCAAGGAGGCUACGAAGCAGUGGCUCAGUGGCUUCAGCCUUGCAAUGCUCCUGAGUUUGUGCGUGUCAGGAAUGAAUUGUAACCAGACGUUCCCGUAUUACUCAGCCGUGGCUGCUGUAGGGGCUCACCUAGCACACCAGAUUUACACCUUGGACAUAGACAAACCUGAAGACUGUUGGAAGAAAUUUGCUUCAAAUCGUACUGUAGGAGUACUGCUUUUCACAGGGAUUGUGCUUGGAAAUCUCUGGAAAAAAAAAGACUCAAAAAAGGUGGAAGAGCCUUUAGAAAACAGGUAGUUGAAGUUCCUGUGAAUACUGAUAUUUUAGUCCAGCUAAAAUGUAAGUACUGGAAGGAGGAAAAACGCUUUUGACAUAACUAUGGCUACUUUAUACUGUUUAUUUAUAAAAGCUCAUUAAAAUGUUCUUGUUUCUAAAAACAUGCAAAUGACAUUUAUUAUCUUUCAAUGACUUCAACCUCCAGAGAAGCUACUGGUCCUGUGUAGUACAAGCAAACUUUUGUAAAGCUCUCAGGACUGCGAUCCCAAGAUUUCAGAUGUCUCUUAGUGACAGCAUGUGAGAAAAUGCCAAGUGAUUUCAGGAUGGAAAUAAAAUCUGAUUGUACA